GUUAGCGCUCGUCUUCGCACGACACGUACCCACACCAGUCAGGUCGGUGGUGUGUCAUACACCAGCCAAUCCACUUCCGACGUUCAAAAAGAAACAGUGAACGAGGGGCGAGGAUUAGGGAAGAUAAAAGAAAGGGAAGAAAACUAAUCAACCAUUCAAUGGCUAUCUUUCCUGCUCUUCUCUUCUUGGUUUUUGCUAUUGUUCUUCUAACCUUGGCUACUUUCAAUGGAGGUCGAGCAAGGAAUAAAACCAACCAACCACCUUCUCCAUCCAAGCUUCCGAUCAUUGGCAACCUCCACCAGCUAGGUGGGCCUAAUUCCCUUCUACACCUUUCUCUACGGUCGCUCUCCGACAAACACGGCCCGCUAAUGCUCCUGCACAUGGGGAGCAUUGCUACUCUCGUAGUUUCAUCGGCAGAGAUGGCUGAAGAGAUCUUGAAAACCCAUGAUCUUGUUUUUGCAAGCCGACCUUGGCCCUGUUCGAACGCAGCCAAGCAGCUUCUCUACGGUUGCAAUGACUUGGCCUUUUCACCCUAUGGGGAGUAUUGGAGGCAAGUUAGGAAAAUCUGCGUUAUUGAACUUUUGAGUGGUAAGAGAGUGCAGUCAUUCACUUUUAUUAGGGAAGAAGAAGUUAGGAAUAUGACCGAGGUUAUUAAAGAUUCUUGUUCGAUCUCGGCCGUUAAUCUAACCGACAUGUUUCUCUCCCUAUUGAGCAGCAUAGUCUCAAGGGUUGCUUUCGGGAAGAAGUACACAGGAGGAGAGAAUGGAGAGAUUAGAUUCUCGGAUCUAGCCAAGGAAUUGCAAGUUCUUUUGGGAUCUUUCAGUGUGGGAGAUUAUUUUCCAUCAUUUGGAUGGAUGGAUGUCCUCAGUGGCUUAGAUGCUAGAUUGAAGAGAAUUUCUCAAGGCAUGGAUGAUUUUCUUGAUCAAGUGAUUGAGGACCAUCUCAUUCGUGGGAAUGUCAACAAUGAUGGAAAUAACGAUGAGCGUAAGGACCUUGUGGAUGUAUUGCUCCACCUUCAAAAGGAUGCCAAUGCCGACAUCCAUCUCACGAAAGAUAACCUGAAAGCCAUCAUCUUGGACAUGUUCGUUGCAGGAACCGACACUGGAUCUAUAGCUUUGGAAUGGACCAUGGCAGAGCUUGCAAAGAAUCCACAUGUGAUGGAAAAAGCUCAAGCAGAGGUAAGAAGAGUGGUAGGAAGAAAAGCAAAGGUGGAAGAGGACGACCUUGUUCACAUGGAUUACUUGAAAUCCAUAAUCAAGGAAGCACUACGUUUACACCCUCCAGCGCCCUUGUUAAUUCCCCAUGAAUCCACAACAAGCGUGACACUGCAAGGGUACCAUAUCUCUGCAAAAACAAAGGUCCUGAUCAAUGCAUGGGCCAUCGGAAGGGACCCCAAAUCAUGGGAAAAUGCUGAUGAGUUUCUUCCUGAGAGAUUCACCAACAACCCAAUUGAUUUCAGAGGUCAAGAUUUUCAAUUAAUACCAUUUGGGGCAGGUAGGAGAAGUUGCCCUGGAAUGCCAUUUGUCAUCUCCACCAUGGAACUUGCUCUUGCCAACCUUUUAUAUUGGUUUGAUUGGGAGUUGCCUGGUGGGGCAAAAAAUGAAGAUCUAGACAUGAGUGAAGUUCCGGGUAUCGUUGUCCACAUGAAAUUCCCUCUUCAACUGGUCCCAAUAUAUCACUUUUCUUCUUAAAGAUGAUCGUAUGUUAUUAAAUUCUACUCCAUCAGAUUGUACUCCUCAAUCAGAGGGGAAUAGCUGGGGUUUCUUCUACUCUGAUACCAUAUUGCAAGAGAUAUUAGAGUUCUAAAGGUUCUCCAAUCCUCUUCUUUAUUUAUAGAAAAAGAAAAAACUGGCAAGGAGCUAUGUUGGUGGUUACACCCA